AUGGGACUCAAGGGAAAUGGGAUUCGACUCAAGGUCGACGACAAAUGGCUGCACCUCAGCGAUGAGUUGAUCCACAACCAUCCCGGCGGCAACGUCAUCAAGCAGUACGCCAAUGCCGAUGCCACGCACAUGUUCCACGCUUUCCACGAGGGCAGCGCCAUGGCGUACAAGCAGGUGGAGGUUCUGAAGAAGACAUCAUGGGAUCAGAGCGAAGACCUCGAGGAGUACAUCAAGAAGCGCAACGAUCAGACUGACGUUAACGUUUCUUCGUAUGAUAUUACCAUUGAGGAGGAGAAACAAAUCACCCUCCGUUUCGAACAACUCCGCCAAGAUGUCCACCGGUUUGGACUGAUGGAUGCGAAGGAGGGAUAUUAUUACUUUAAAAUGGUGUCCACGAUGUCGAUCAUGUUGCUCGGGUUCGCCCUCCAAUACAACGGAUGGUACCUUACGGCGGCGUGUGCGAUGGCCCUCUGCUGGCAGCAGCUCGGCUGGAUGACGCACGAGUUUUGCCAUCAUCAGCCGUUCAAGAACCGCCGUAUGAACGACCGUUUCGGCAUCUUCUUUGGCAAUAUCGCCCAGGGUUUUGCCAGCGAUUGGUGGAAGGACAAGCACAACACCCACCACGCCACCACCAACAUGAUUGACCACGACGGGGACAUCGAUCUAGCGCCCCUCGUCACCUUCGUGCCCGCCGACUUGCUCAAGUACAAGGAGCCGCUGGAGAAGGCUAUUCUGAAGAUCGUCCCCUACCAACACCUGUACUUCACCGCGAUGCUGCCCAUGCUGCGCUUCUCAUGGUUGGCCCAGUCGCUGCAGUUUGCCUUCACGCAGAACAAGUCCAACUUCCGCUCGUACCGCGAGCACGCCUUUGAGCAACAGUUGGGCCUGUCGAUCCACUGGGCGUGGGUGCUUCUCCAGCUGUACCUGCUGCCAAGCUGGCCGCUGCGGAUCGCGUUCUUCUUGAUUUCACAGGGCGGCGCCGGCUUUUUGAUCGGCCACGUCGUCACGUUCAACCACAACUCGGUCGACAAGUAUCCUGCCAAUUCCCGGAUCCUCAACAACUUUGCCGCCCUCCAAAUCCUGACCACCCGCAACAUGACGCCGUCGCCGUUCAUCGACUGGCUCUGGGGAGGCCUGAACUACCAGGUGGAGCACCACCUCUUCCCCACGAUGCCCCGCUGCAACCUCGGCAAGUGCUCCGAGCUCGUCAAGCAGUUCUGCAAGGACACAAAAUUGCCCUACCUGUGCGAUGAUUUCUUCGUCGGCUACGCGCUGAACCUGAAGCAGCUGGAAAACAUGUCGCACGUCGUCGAGAAGCGGAUCCAGGGC